GACAGCCACACACACACAUAUGUAAAUCUAUAUGCAGAAAUGUACACCUUGCAUGAGAAUCUAGUGUAUAUUACCAGUGCUUGAGUAGUGAUGAUGUUAUAGAUGUUUGCAUUUGCUAACUUUGUUUCUAUUUUUCUUCUAGCUCUUUGGCCGCCCACAGUGGCUGACCGUCAGAGGGCGUUCACAUUGUUAUGUAAAUAAGGUGUUUUGCUUACUUAAUCAAACGGUACCUAAAAAAAAUGUUCUCUCUCAUCUGCUAACUGCAAAAGGGAAGAACCGUCUUCUUGCUUUACUUCUUCCUUUCACAGGUAAAGUAGUUUGCUUCUAUUGAAAUUAUAUCAGGUUAUUCAAGUGCUGGAAAGCAAAGGUUGUCAAAUAAGAACUGGUUGCCAGGUAAAAUCCGUUCUCACUGCAAAUGAAGGUUGUGUUGUAGAAUGUGGAGAUGGCUUACCAGACAUAUAUCAUUCUUGCAUAGUGGCUCUUCAUGCUCCAGAUGCUCUGGAUUUAUUAGGAAACCAAGCAACUUUUGACGAAUUGAGAAUUCUUGGUGCUUUUCAAUUCGUAUAUAGUGAUAUUUUUCUUCAUCGCGACAAAAGUUGAAUGCCCAAAAACCCAGCAGCAUGGAGUGCCUGGAAUUUCCUGGGUAGUACAGACAAUAAAGUGUGCUUAACAUACUGGCUCAAUAUACUUCAGAAUUUGGAUGAAAGAAGUGAACCCUUUCUAGUGACUCUCAAUCCAGAACAUACUCCUAAAAAUACCUUGCUUAAGUGGACAACUGGUCAUCCAGUCCCCUCUGUUGCUGCAUCUAAGGCAUCACUUGAGCUUGAUCAAAUCCAAGGGAAGAGAGGAAUUUGGUUCUGUGGAGCAUACCAAGGUUAUGGCUUCCAUGAAGAAGGACUAAAGGCUGGCAUGGUUGCUGCACAUAGUUUGCUGGGAAAACAUUGUUCUAUACUGAACAAUCCGAAACACAUGGUACCUUCUCUUAUGGAAACAGGUGCUCGUCUGUUUGUGUCCAGAUUCCUGGAGCAUUAUAUAUCGACUGGUAGUGUAACUUUGUUAGAGGAAGGAGGAACAAUCUUUACGUUUGAAGGAAGACCGAGAAAAAAUCCUCUAAAAUCAGUUUUAAGAGUGCACAAACCUCAGUUUUACUGGAAGGUGAUGACACAAGCUGAUCUGGGUCUAGUAGAUGCAUUUAUCAAUGGGGAUUUCUCUUUUGUUGAUAAAGAUGGAGGACUUAUAAAUCUUAUCAUGAUUCUUAUUGCCAAUAGAGAUUUGAAAUCUUUCAUUUCAAAACCAACUAAUAAAAGGGGUUGGUGGACACCAUAUUUGUUUACAGCUGGUAUAGCAUCUGCAAAAUAUUUUUUCAAGCAUGUUUUGAGGCAAAAUACUUUGAUACAAGCUCGCAGGAAUAUAUCCCAUCAUUAUGACCUGAGUAAUGAGCUUUUUGCUCUAUUCUUGGAUGAAACAAUGACAUACUCUUGUGCAGUGUUUAAGAGGGAUGAUGAAGAUCUAAAAGUUGCCCAGUUGAGGAAAAUAUCCCUUUUAAUUGAAAAGGCUAGAAUCAAUGAGAGCCACGAAGUUCUUGAGAUUGGAUGUGGUUGGGGAAGCUUAGCUAUUGAAGUUGUCAAAAAAACUGGAUGCAAAUACACUGGCAUUACUUUAUCAGCGGAGCAAUUGAGAUAUGCAGAAAAGAAAGUGAAGGAAGCUGGACUUGAGGAUCGCAUUAGAUUUCAACUCUGCGAUUAUCGGCAACUUUCAGGUUCCAAUAAAUAUGAUAGAAUAAUAUCAUGUGAGAUGAUAGAAGCUGUUGGCCAUGAAUACAUGGAAGAAUUUUUUGGCUGUUGUGAAUCUGUGCUGACAAAGGAUGGCUUUCUUGUUUUACAGUUCACAUCAAUACCAGAGGAAAGAUACAAUGAGUACAGGCUAAGUUCAGAUUUUAUCAAGGAAUAUAUUUUUCCUGGUGUGUGUAUACCUUCGCUAAACAGGAUAACAUCAGCCAUGUCUACAAGAUCAAGACUAUGGGUGGAGCAUGUGGAAAAUAUAGGAAUUCAUUACUAUCAAACAUUGAGAUAUUGGAGAAAGAACUUCUUGGAGAAGCAGAGUGAAAUAUAUGCAUUAGGAUUCAACGAAAAAUUCAUUAAGACGUGGGAAUAUUACUUUGACUACUGUGCAGCUGGUUUCAAGUCUUGUACGCUUGGAAAUUACCAGGUAUCAUCUAUGGAGUAUUAACACAUCUUCAACUAUUAGGAUUAAUUUGUCACAGCAACAACCCCAAUGAUUUGGUAGAGAAUCAGGAGAGUUUGUAAAUUUAAAUAAAAAUCCUAUGGUAUAUUGCCUAUGUAUUAACUUCAAUACAAUAUUGCUUGACCUUCUUUCUUUUUCUUUGGCAACCUCAAAGUUCCAGCCUCUUUCCAUUUUUUUUCCUUUUAAAACUUAUGUAACUUUUAUCUCUGACUAACUUUAUACUUU